AUGGCGAUUAUUGUACGAGGAGGUCGGGUGUUUAUUGGAUUUCUUCGAAUAAUUGACCAGUUUGGCAAUGUCGUCCUUCAUAAUGCUGUGGAACGUAUUCAUGUUGAGAAAAAAUUCUGUGACGUUCCCCAGGGGAUACUUUUGAUCAGAGGUGAAAAUAUUACAGUCAUUGGAGAACUGAAUCUGGAAAUAAACAUCGACGAGAAGCUAGAAAGAGUUUCAGAAGAAGAGAUUUAUAAGCUCCAGCAAGAACAGACAGCCUCGCGCAAAGAACUAGCCAAGAAGCGAGCUGAACUAUUCGCGAUACGUGGAUUAGGUUUCCCUGACUUAGAUAUAAUGUUUGAUGACACAUAG